AUGGCUACUCGAGACUCUGCGGUCGAUGAGGCAAUAACUGCAUCAUGCGAGUCUACAUGGGAACGGGCUACAGCAAAAGCUAAAGACAAAAUUUACGAGCUCGUAAAUGUCUCACUUAUCAUCGCUGUGACUGGAAAGACAGGAGCUGGGAAAUCUUCCUUUAUAAAUGCACUUAGAGGUCUACGUAAAGAUGAUGAUGGAUUUGCUCCUACUGGAGUCACAGAAACUACAAUGAAGCCCACCAUGUAUGAGCAUCCUGGAAUGCCAAAUGUGAAGAUCUGGGACCUGCCUGGAAUAGGAAGUCCAACUUUCAAAGCAAAAAAAUACCUUAAAGAUGUCAAAUUUAACACCUAUGAUUUCUUCAUCAUCUUGAACUCGGAGAGGUUCAUGGAGAAUGACGUCAUGCUGGCUAAAGAAAUAAGAAAAUGCAAGAAAAGCUUUUACUUUGUUCGUUCUAAGAUUGACAAUGACAUCCGUGCAGAGCAAAAGGAGAACAAACGAUUUGAUAAGCUGAAAGUGCUUGCCAAAAUAAGAGAGGAUUGUCAAAAAAACCUACAAAAAAUGGGAAACCCCAAAGUUUUCUUGAUUUCCUCUUUUUUCUUGGAUAAAUAUGAUUUUGAAAUACUUCAAAACACACUAGCAGAAGAGCUCCCAGAACAUAAGAGAUCUGCUCUUCUACAAGCCUGGCCUGUGUGCUCUGCUGAAUGUCUUGAGAAGAAGAUCAAAAUGUUUAAAGGUCUGAUCUGGGCUGUAUCUCUUGCCUCUGCUGGCAUAGCAGCCGUCCCUUUGCCUGGACUAUCAGUAGCAUGUGAUACAACUAUUGUGUUGCUUUUCCUCACCAGAUGCUACUAUGCAUUUGGUUUGGAUGACAGAUCACUGAAAAGGCUUACAGAAAAAGUAAGCAAGCCCUUGCUGGAAUUUCGGGACAAAUCAAAGAUGGCUGCUAUGAUAAAAAAAAAGGCAAUAAUCACAAUAAAUACCUGUGUUGAGGUUGUAACACUUGCUACCUUGAAAGAUUUGUUGAGUCUCCUUCCAGGUGUGGGCAGUGCUGUUGCUGCAGUGUUGUCCUUUGCUUCUAUUCAGUACCUUCUAAGAGAAGGAGUAAAUGAACUGGCAGCAACUGCUUUCGAAAUUAGAAGAGCAGCUGGGCUAGACACAAUGUAA